UUCAUCCACACCCAUCUCGGGCCAUCUCCCCUCUCUUCAUAUAUGCCACCUUCUCUUCUCUUCCCCCAUCAAUUCUUUCACUCUGAACUCUGCUUUCAGUACAGAUAUCCAUAAAAUCAGUGUCUAUGGCUUCUCUCAAGGCUUUCCCAUUUUCAUCUUCGCCUCUAGCAACCCACAAACCAAGCCCUUCAAAGGGGGUGGCGGGGGCUCCGUGCUCUGCUUUCUUCCCUUCUUCUCGCCAUGGCGGGCGCUCUAGGCUGGCUCUUGUGAGAGCCGAAGCCACGGGAGAGAACAAAGACGCAUCCCUCGACGUCCAGGUGCAUCAAGGCAACAAGGGCGCCACCGCAGUUGAACGCCAGCCUCGUCGUCUGGCUCUGGAUAUCUCACCUUUUGGGCUGUUGGACCCCUUCUCUCCAAUGAGGACCAUGCGCCAAAUGAUGGACGCAAUGGACCGGAUGUUUGAAGAGACGGUGGCAUUCCCCGGCUCGGCGGAGGUGCGCUCGCCGUGGGAUAUUGUGGACGACGAGAACGAAAUCAAGAUGCGGUUCGAUAUGCCGGGGCUGUCGAAGGAGGACGUCAAAGUGUCGGUGGAGGACGACUUGCUUGUGAUAAAGGGGGAGCAGAAGAAGGAAGAAGGUGAGAAAGAUUCAUGGUCUGGGAGCAGCUUCAGCUCCUACAGCACACGCCUGCAGCUACCGGACAACUGUGAGAAGGACAAGAUCAAAGCGGAGCUGAAGAAUGGGGUUCUUUCGAUCUCCAUUCCUAAGACCAAGGUAGAGCGCAAGGUCAUUGAUGUGCAGAUUCAGUGAAAAGCGCCCAUGAGUGUGUUGAAUUUUGUGGUGUUCUCUCUAUAUGCAUAUAUAUAUAUAUAUAUAUAUAUGUAAUCUUGUAUAAUUAAGUGUUUUGAAGUGAGUAUUUAUGAAUGAUAUUGAGGAAGUUCCAGGAA